GUUGUCAGUCCAGUGUAAAGCUGUUGGAGUGAGGGAGCAAAGGUAAAGGAUGAUGUAAUGCCCUGGCUGCCCCAAAGCAUCUUUUGUUGUGGAUGGUUAUUCCCGUCAUCUCCCCAUGGAUCAGAUGUGAGGGGCUGCUUUGUGGAAGGAGUCCUUUGCAAGGCACGUCAGCAGGAAAGAGAAAGAGACAUUCAGUUGGAGGGCUCUUGCUGAAAUGGGUUUAACUCUCCUUUUGCCAGUCACCACUAGCCUGACCUCAUACAUUUAUAGUACAAUGGAGUGGCUGAGCCUUUGAACACACCACCAUUACAUCAUCGGGAAAAUUAAAGAACGAGGUGGGAAAAGAGGACUUAUUGUUGUCAUGGCCCAUGAGAUGAUUGGAACUCAAAUUGUUACUGAGAGGUUGGUGGCUCUGCUGGAAAGUGGAACGGAAAAAGUGCUGCUAAUUGAUAGUCGGCCAUUUGUGGAAUACAAUACAUCCCACAUUUUGGAAGCCAUUAAUAUUAACUGCUCCAAGCUGAUGAAGCGAAGGUUGCAACAGGACAAAGUAUUAAUUACAGAACUUAUCCAGCAUUCUGCAAAGCAUAAGGUUGACAUUGAUUGCAACCAGAAGGUGGUAGUUUAUGAUCAGAGUUCCCAGGAUGUUGCUUCUCUGUCGUCAGACUGCUUUCUCACUGUACUUCUGGGUAAACUGGAGAAGAGCUUCAACUCUGUUCACCUGCUUGCAGGUGGGUUUGCUGAGUUCUCUCGUUGUUUCCCUGGCCUCUGUGAAGGAAAAUCCACUCUAGUCCCUACCUGCAUAUCUCAGCCUUGCUUACCUGUUGCCAACAUUGGGCCAACUCGAAUUCUUCCCAAUCUCUAUCUUGGCUGCCAGCGUGAUGUCCUCAACAAGGAGCUGAUGCAACAGAAUGGGAUUGGCUAUGUGUUAAAUGCCAGCAAUACCUGCCCAAAGCCUGACUUCAUACCCGAAUCUCACUUCUUUCGAGUCCCCGUGAACGACAGCUUUUGUGAGAAAAUUCUGCCAUGGUUGGACAAGUCUGUGGAUUUCAUUGAGAAAGCAAAAGCCUCCAAUGGCUGUGUCCUGGUACACUGCUUAGCUGGAAUCUCUCGCUCCGCUACCAUUGCUAUUGCCUACAUCAUGAAGAGGAUGGACAUGUCUCUAGAUGAGGCUUACAGAUUUGUGAAAGAAAAAAGACCUACUAUAUCUCCGAACUUUAAUUUUCUGGGCCAACUCAUGGACUAUGAGAAGAUGAUUAAGAAACAGACUGGAAUGUCAGGGCCAAAGAGCAAACUCAAGCUGCUGCACCUGGACAAACCCAGCGAGCCUGCAGCCUCAGAGGGCGGACGGAAGAGUGCACUGUCUCUCAGUCCACCCUGUGCCAACUCUACCUCAGAGGCAGCAGGGCAAAGGCUUGUACAUCCUACCAGUGUGCCCAGCUUGCAGCCUUCACUCCUAGAGGACAGUCCACUGGUACAGGCAUUCAACGGGCUCCAGCUGUCGGCAGAGCAGUUGGAAGACAGCAAUAAGCUCAAGCGUUCCUUCUCUCUUGAUAUCAAAUCUGUUUCCUAUUCAGCCAGUGUGGCAGCAUCUUUGCAUGGCUUCUCAUCAGAAGAUGCUUUGGAAUACUACAAACCUUCUGCCACACUGGAUGGGACCAACAAGCUCUGCCAGUUCUCCCCUGUUCAGGAGGUAUCAGAGCAGACUCCAGAGACCAGCCCAGAUAAGGAGGAGGCCCACAUCCCCAAGCAGCCCCAACCCACCAGGCCUUCAGAGAGCCAGAGCAAGCGGUUGCACUCAGUGAGAACCAGCAGUGGUGCCACUCAGAGGCCCUUCUUCUCCCCGCUGCAGCGGAGCGGGAGUGUGGAGGACAAUUACCACACCAACUUCCUUUUCGGCCUUUCCACCAGCCAGCAGCACCUCACCAAGUCUACUGUGGGGCCUGGUCUCAAGGGCUGGCACUCAGACAUUCUGGCUCCCCAGUCCUCGGCCCCCUCCCUGACCAAUAGUUGGUAUUUUGCCACAGAGCCUUCACACUUCUACUCUGCUUCAGCCAUCUAUGGAGGCAGCAGCAGCUACUCUGCCUACAGCUGUAGCCAGCUGCCCACCUGCAGUGACCAAGUCUAUUCUGUUCGUAGGCGGCAGAAGCCCAGCGACAGAGCUGACUCCAGACGGAGCUGGCAUGAAGAGAGCCCCUUUGAAAAGCAGUUUAAACGCAGAAGCUGCCAAAUGGAAUUUGGAGAGAGCAUCAUGUCAGAGAACAGGUCGAGGGAAGAGCUGGGGAAAGUGGGCAGUCAGUCAAGCUUUUCAGGCAGCAUGGAGAUCAUAGAGGUCUCCUGAGAAGAGAGACCCUGUGACUUCUGUUCUUGAGAAGAGAGACCCUGUGACUUCUGUUCCUGAGAAGAGAGACCCUGUGACUUCUGUUGAUGCUCUGUCUCUGUUCACAAAAGUAUUCCCUGUAAAUCUGAAAUAUGUGUAUGUAUAUACAUAUAUAUUUUUGGAAUAUAGAGCUACGGUGUAAAAGCAAAAGACGGCUCAACACAGUCCUCUCAACACCUGCACUGAGAGCAGCUAACCUCUCAGAAGAGAGUGGAAGGGUAGAUGUUAGAAUUCCCCUAGCCAGGAGAAGAGAGAUUUUGUUCAGUGAAUUGCACAUCUUGUUCCUACAAAAGCAAUGGUUUUUGUUAUUGAUGUUAGAGGAAAAAUCCCUCCCAUUUUCAUGUGCAGCAGAGAUCUCUAGGACUCAUCUCUGUCCAGGCCCUUCCCUGAGCACUUAGCGCUGAGACUGAGCCAGCUGUGGGUCAGGUGGAAAGACCCUCUUAGGGACAGACCCUAGUGGUUAGUCCAAGAGAAAUGAUCCUGUCCAAGGCUGAGUCAUAAACCCAAGCUUGAGUGACAGCUGAAGGACAUGGACAUCAUUCUGCUGGAUGAACUAUUAGGAGCCUUGCCCAGAUCUACUUAUAACCAAUCCAGUACCUCAGACAAAGCAUUCGGGGCCGUCACCACUACCAUGUCUAGGAGCCCAUUUUCUAGGCAUUGUGAAUUAGUAAGUAACUUGUCACUUUCCAGACAAAUUCAUACUGUCCAUGCACAAAAUCCCAGUGGGCCCGGAUGAGCAGUUGCCAUCCAUGUACCCUUCUUCUCAGCUUUAGUGAAGAGGGCAAACCAACUAGAGUUCAGCAUAGCUAGAGAUGAUUGGGCAGUCAGGUAGCUUAGAGACUUAAGCCAGGGAUGGGACACUAAACAGUCUCCUUCCCUCUGUAUAAAAAUUAAAGAAUUAUCUAAAGUGGGAUUGUUAAUACUUAAAUUGACUUGGUUUGGAGGUAAAUGUGAAUCAUUGGGCUUGGCAGCCAAGUGACAGCACCUUCAGGUUUUCAGCCCAGCAGAUCCUUUUCAGUUCUGUUUCAUGACAUGGAAUAAAACUAUAGGAAGAUUCAGAAUGGUAAAAUUUAAGCAGGAAACCCAUUUCCUUGGUGGCUUUUUUUUCCCCCUGUGGUAUGCAAAAAGGGUACUAUUUCAAGGAUCUUCUUAGACUUCUAAACUUACCAUGGGCUUUGUUGAGCAAGAACUAUUCACAAUAAAACAUGCUAGAAAGCUUACAAAGGGGUUGUUGAAUUUUCUUUAGUUGUGAAUACAGGGAAGUGCUUUUCAAGGCUGUCCCAGCAUGCUUUCCAAGGAAGGGACAUGUCAGAGUGGAGGACCACAGUGGUUUCUCAGUUCCUGGCAUACAAUCACUGUGUGGAUGCAAUUCUGGCAGCUAAGAAUAGAAGGCAGUAAGAACAAGUGUGUACAUGACAGGACAUGUCUGCCUUUAAACUUCCUGGCUUGAGUGUUACCCUCUAGAGUACAGUCCUUGAGGCCAUAAUUCCCAUUGGCAGGGUGUGGGCGGGGGCAGGGAAGGCCAUUGUUCUUUAAGUGUAGCUAGGGGCUGACUCAUAUCUCAGGGUUUUCCAUGUUUGUGAAGUGGACAGUUCUUUGACUAGGAUGUGACUUACUGUUUCCCAUAGUGAUGCGAAAACCAGCAUGGAAUGACAUGGUUUGAAGCUGGUGGAGGAUUAGGAGCCUCAUGGGCACACUGUUUCUGUACGGAUAAGCUGUGUCUGGGCAUAAGAUGGAGGCAGAACAGACACUGCACAGGAGCAGGUUGCCACUCUGGGGAGGUUCUGUUCAGCAAUCUGUGGUUUUGAUAUAUAUCAAAAUCUUGUGUAAUCAAAAGUUUUCAAAGCUUCACAGUAAAUUUGGACAUACACACUAAAUUUCUAAGAAUCCACCCUCUUGUCACACUGGUAAGACAUAAUUUGAAAAUGAAAGCGACAGCUCCAUCAUUAAGUGUGUUCCAGGAGGAUCAGGGGAUUUGGCUUCAGUGUCUGCCUUUGCCAUAUGUCAUGUAGGGUUCUCUGGGCCAUGGUCCCUUCUCUGUAGCUGAUAGUCCUACUCUACAGCUGUCAGUCUUCAUCACAAAUGCCACAGUAGCAGUUCUUAGAGUCGCAACUACCGUGCUGAAAGGGCUGCUCCCCCCGCCCCCCCCCAAGGCACGCUGUGGGUGGUAUGUGGUUGGCUGUCAUGUGAGCACAGGGAAGCCUGGAGUUUCUGCAAUGAUACAAAGCAGUGAUUUUCAUGAGCAAAACUAGACUGAGAAAUGCUGGAAACCAUUUAGAACAUUUGUAAAGUUAACGUGGAAAGACUGUAUAAAUGUUUAAUAUGAAUAUAGUGGUCUUGGGAGUAAGGCAAGCUGUUGAAUGGUUCAAUUGUGCAUUUCUCAUUUUGAUGUGUCAUGUAUGUUAAUAUGAUGAAAUAAAAUCAGAACUGGUACCUGUUUAUA